AUGAACACACAAAGAGUGUCACAUUCAAGCCAUCAGACAAAUAAACGUCAAGAAAGCUAUUCGAACGGAAAAUGUCGUAAACAAACAUUAAACCUUUCAAGCUCGAAUGUUUAUACAUUCAAGCAUCGUUGGAAGAAGGAAAAGUUUCGUUUUUCUCCUGUUGAAGAUGUUGUGAAAAGUUUUUCCAACGGCAAUAAUCUAGGAAAAGGAAUAAAAAUUAUUGUGGAAGUUUCAGAACGUUUCAUCACAAAUCAUGGUCUGACAGUUUUCAAAGAUAUCAGCAUUGAAUAA